AGGAGUCUGGAAGGGCAUCAAGGAAUCUUUGUGUUGUCUGAGAAUUUAUAGCACGACUUUUGAUGCUCCUUGGUUGGGGUCUGAGCAGAUUAUUUGUUGCGAUUGCAAACGUAAUAAAAUGGUGGUCCGAUAGUCCAGGAUUAUGAGGAAAAACAUUAAGAUCUACAACAUUUAUUCCAUGGGACAAAACUAGGUCAAGAAGACUCGAGGCUGUAAUUGCUGCCGAAGGUGCUUCAACAAGUACUGAGUAAAGGGUCUGAAUACUUGUGCAAAUGUGAUAUCUGUUAAUUUUAAAAUAAAUUUGCAAAAAUUUCAAAAAACUGUUUUUGCUUUGUCACUAUUGGGUAUUGUGUGUAGAUUGAUGAGGGGAAAAAACGAUUUAAUACGUUUUAGAAUAAGGCUGCAAUGUAAAAUAAAUGUGGAACAAGUCAAGGGGUCUGAAUACUUUCCGAAUGCACUGUAUAUAGAUGUCCUAGCCUACCCUUUUCAGGAAAUGCAUUCAAUGCAGUAUUAGCCUUACAUUUAGCUAAUUAAUGACGGGUUAUACAUAAUAAGCGUUUAACUUAUAGCCUCUGUCUCUUGCGCAUUACGCAAUCGUAUUUUGGAUGCAAUUUCAAGGGAGUUGGAGAGAGAGAGAGAGACUGUGAGAGUGCUCGCAUGUCCACUGAUUUAAAGCAACAAUAUUUGAGUGAUAGGCGUUUUAAAACUUUGCAGCUGCAAUGUAAAAAAUUAUUAUCUUUAAAUGAAUAAACAAGUUGACCCCCUUGAAAGCCAGAUGGAGAUGGGUAAAUGAGACGCGCAUUCGGUCUUUAUAUUACUGUAGCUUAGGCUAUACUGCAGCAAAUGUAGGCCUACGUCUAUAUGCAUUGUGAACUACACUUUAUAAUGCAAUGUGCUGUCUGCCCCCACCGUUUGAUUCAUCAUGCAGAGGCUGUAGAGAAGCCAGAUUUAGACAUUGCAUAUCAUUUAAUAGUUCCAAUUCAUGCCAUGCUGUUCACAUAAAUUAUUUAUUAUAAUUUACCAGUUUCUCGCAGUUAUUUAUCCCCGGGAAAAGGGAGUUGUUUUGGGUGCUAAAUCCCGUGUCAAUCUCGGUAACCGGGGGCCUGUUGCACAAAAGUAGAAUUAAGACAUCCGGGAUAAAUGACUCAGCUGAGCUCAAUGAAGCCAAAACAUGUGCGUCCAGGCUUAAUUGGUUGCACAAAGACCAAGCCAGGAUGAGCAGACACGGAUUCAUUAAACCAGGUGAAACCAAUCCUGGAUAGGUGCGCGCUCACGGCUCACUCAAAUAGACCCCGCCACAGAUCACAGAUUAACUGAUUUACCAUGGCAACUAGAGCCGCGUACUUUUCCCCGUCGGAAGCACAAAUCCUCAUGGAGGCAUACGAGGAGGUAAAAGAUAUAAUUAAGAAGAAAGGCAACACCGCCACAGUGAUAAAGCAAAGAGAAAAAGCGUGGCAAAGUAUUGCAGACCGCCUGAAUGCGUAAGUAGUGCACAAUUACACAGUCACCGCUCCGCUGAAACAUCACAAUUACAAUUCAAAUAUUUAAUUCACAUCUCCAAAAAUGCAGUUGUACUGUAAUUAUGAAACGGUUAAAUUUUUAAUUGAAAUGCACUGCAGAUAUGAGUGAAAUUGUGUAAAGUAACUCCAUCACACUGUAUAAAGCUAUGAUAAAUUUUUUGAUAUUUUUACUGAAAACAAGACAAAAAUACCAAGUAAUUUUUUGCAGUGUGACUCCAUUAAAUGUGUGUGUGUGUGUGUGUGUGUGUGUGUGUAGAUUAAACACGAACGGGCCAAAACGGACAUGGCAGCAGGUCAAAAUCAAAUACAAGAACAUUCUGCAGAAUGCAGUGAAAAAGAAUACCCACAGACAAGGCACGGGUGGUGGGUCACCAAAGGCUGACCUUACCCCAGCAGAGGACAUGGCCUUGGAGCUAAAUAAAGGCAGGCCCGUCUUAGAGGGGAUCCCUGGGGGGAAAGAGACGAGCAUAGGUUCCUCCCAAGAUGCCACCCGCUUCAUUCAAGUGUCUGGCAGCACUGUGUUCCUGUUAGAGCCACCAGCACAAGCACCAGACGAUGCUGAUCCAGGUGAAGGCCCCAGUGCAGCAGCAACAGCACAUGAUGGAGACGAUGAUGAGGAGGAGACCAUCUCUCUGGAUUCCAGAAGGCAUGAGGACCCAGAUGCUAUACAGUGGGAAAACCAGCCUGGCAACAUAAGCUCACAAGCUAUCAGAAAGUUGUAUGGCAACCACCUCCGGCACCAAAUAGAACUGGCAGACAUAGACAUUCAGUACAAGAAGAAAAAGAUGGAAAAUCUUGCACUGGAGUCCGAAAUAAAAAAGAGGACAAUUAGGAAACUGGACCUUGAAAUAAAAAAACUUGAGAGGGAGCUCCAAGAAGAUGACACAGCUCAAAAUAAAAAUUAGCAAUCAGUACAACCAAGUCAUCGUUAUAAGGCAUCGCCCUCUUUUGCCCACCCCCCCAGCACCAGGUGUGGCCACUAGCCUACAUGAAGGCCCAAAAUUGUGUGUUCCUUUCUGCUCUGACAAUGGCAUGCCCAUUCGUGCGAGAUGUGGUGGAUGAAGAAGCACUUGUGCUGAGGAGAGCCUUCAGGCGAGAAAGGGUCUUCAGGGACCGGUUGGACCCACUGGCCUUCCCUGAUGACCAUCUAAAUGAAAGAUACAGGUUUUCUGCAGAUGGCAUCAGGUAUCUAUGCAGACUACUGGGUCCCAGGAUUAAGCACCGCACUGCACGGAGCCAUGCACUGAGUGUGGAGCAAAUGGUUUGUGUGGCCUUGCGCUUUUUUGCUAGUGGAGCCUUCCUGUACUCAGUGGGGGAUGCAGAACAGCUGAACAAGGCCACAAUUUGCCGCACAAUAAGGAGUGUGUGUCUGGCUAUCAAAGCAUUAGCAGAUGUCUUCAUCUCCUUCCCUGGCCACAGAAGACUCU